AUGUCCCGUAGUGCGGCACCUUUGACUGGACUACAAAACCCACUUGAACUGGGUGCUCACUGGCUUUCACUCGAGUUUUCCCGCAUCGAUACGACUAGGCCUGCUUGUCAAACCAGCUGUCUUCUUAUUCUUCCGGAACCCACCAGUCCUUCCACCGAUUCAAUUUCUUGGGGUCGCUGGGGAGUUAUGUCAGGAAAAGUUCAUGUACUUAAACCGCGUGUGCCAGAUGUGUUUCCUGGCUCGUGGGCUGUUGGUGCACGACCUGCGUCGAUGAUGAGCGGUCUCCCUGUCUGGGCUACUACAACUGAAAUCCCGCCGCUCCCCGAGUUUGACUCUGACGAGAAAACCCUUCAGCACGCUAUGAACAACCUCCUUCCUGCACCUUCAAGCUCCUUCAGUAAUGGAUUCAAGGGCUUCUUCGCCUGGGAUAUGUGGUCAAAUGCCAGGUUAUGGAAAGCCGGUAUGGUUGAAGGCGCCUCAAGUAUAGCCUUUACAUUCUUAACGGGUGCUGUGGGUGUAACCGUCCAAGGUUAUCCUGCCGCGGCAGUGGGUCCGGUCGUUUUCUUCGCCAAUACUAUUAUUUUGUCUCUUUUCAUUUUUGGGCUUUCAACCGCUACUGGUGCACAUAUCAAUCCUCUGAUCACUCUUUCGACAACAAUUACUGGACUAUGCCAUCCAGUGCGAGCAAUGAUCUACAUUAUCUGUCAAACUGCCGGCUCAUGCAUCGGUGGUGCCUUGCUUCGUGGUGGUAUUGGUCAUGCUCGCGCACUCGAAACGCAUAAUGGCGGCUGCUUCCUUGAUCCGAAUGGCCCCAUGUCGGUUGGAAUGGCAUUCUGUAUCGAGUUCGCGUCGGCGUUCGCUUUGUUGUUUGUAUCUUAUGGUGUUGGUCUAGAUCCCACACAAAAAGAGCUGUAUGGCGCUGCCUUGGGUCCGCUAUUGGUCGGAGCCUUAGUUGGUAUGAUCACGGCCUCUACAUCUGGUCUCAACCCCGGUUACAGCGGAGCAGGAAUCUUCCCCGGGCGGUGCUUCGGUCUUCAAGUUGGUGUCGGACAGUUCUACAGUCAUGAUUGGGUAUGGUAUGUACCGGAUUUUGCGGCCGCCAUUCUCCACGGUGUUGUCUACCAUUUCGCACCUCCUUAUACUCGCGAGUGUCCGCUCUCGGCGACUUCGUGCCCUCGUGAAGGCGGUGGCGGUGGAGAAUCUAGCCCUUCCAGUGGAGACACUGUCUCGCUCGACGAAGAAGGUGUCGUCACCCUUGAAGCACGAGUUUAA